AUGGCGAUACAAACGUUAUUAUUCUUGUUUUUCAUUUUAUUCGAGCUUGUACUUCCCAACCCCGUUCCAAACUUUGGUCUUCCGAGUCCAAUUUCCGGCAGCGAUCAGGUGUCCAAGGUAGCCAACCAGACUGGUAUUUUGCUGCGCACAGUUGACGAUCGGCUCAACAUCACGCUAACAUCGAGCUAUGCGAAGCUAAACCAAACCCUCGCUCGACUGACAACGCUGGCACAAUUCAUCGUACACGUGGACGCUCUCGUUACAGCUCCCCUGCUCACCCUGACCGACGAUGUUUCCGGCGAUGUGCGGGGUCGGUUCGCACCGGUUCUCGCCGGGAUUGCCGCCACGCGAGCGUACAUGGAACAAACCUUGCCGUCCGAGCUGGACCAGCUGCAAACGUUGAUCAGUGCGUCGGUGCCGAAUCGGCUUAAGGAUGCCUUCGGUUGUCUGCGCAGUGGGUUGGAUCGGCUAGGAGGAAGUUUGGACGUACUGAGGGGGGCAUUGUUGACCGCGGUGGCGAAGUUUGGCUCGGGGGAUGUUCCCUCGGCCGUUCUGUACAAAUAUCUUACCGUGGGCACCGUUUACGAUGUUGCACGAGCGAUGACUGACGUGAAGAUUUGCAUUCCUUCGAUUGUGGACACCAUCGAUACAACGAUCGCACACCUUAAAACGGCAGAUGACUACAUUUUAUCGGUCAAAGACAAGAUAGCAAAAAUGUUUGGCUCAAACACAGGUUUUAAUACAUAUCCAAAUCUCUUGUGUGGGCAAAUCAAAGACGGAAAGCAAUAA